AUGGGGAAUGAUACCGCCUUCGCGACCAUCUUUAUGUGGGGUCCGUUCUUGUAUGCUGCCACGCUCAUCCUUCUCCAGUAUCUACGACUGCGGCACAUCCCCGGCCCCCCCUCUGCCGGAUUCUCCCCUUGGUGGCUUCUGCGUGCCGUGUAUAGCGGUAGCAUGCACCUCAAGUUCUACGAGGCCGGCCUCAAAUAUGGAUCUCUUGUUCGCGUCGGUCCAAACGACCUUGUGACGAGCGACCCGGACCUCAUGAAGCGUACGCUCGGCGUGCGCACCAAGUACACGCGUUCAGACUGGUACAACGCGAUGCGACUGGACCCGAGAAACGACAACGUGCUGUCCACCAGAGACGAUGCAGUGCACACCAGACUCCGGUCUCAGAUGGCCGGAGGGUAUUCUGGCAAAGAAGUCGUCGAACUUGAAGCCAAGAUCGACGAAAGCGUCCUUCGACUCAUGUCAAUGAUCGAUACGUAUGCUUCUCAAGAUAAAAGGUUCGACUUCGGCCUGAAGGUGCAGUACUUCACGCUCGACGUCAUUUCAGAUCUCGCAUUCGGCAAGCCGUUCGGCGAUCUGGCUUCCAAUUCGGAUGUUUAUGACUAUAUUCACACGACGGAACAAAGCAUGCCGAGCAUCGUCGUCGCGGCCGUUCUGCCCUCUCUACUCCAUGUGUUAUCGUGGCCUCUGCUUCGGCGGCUGAUGCCUCCGGAGAACGAUGCCACCGGGUUCGGAAGGCUGAUUCGGAUGGCGAAGGAAAUCGCCGGCGAGCGCUUCGGGCCAAGCAAGAAGACGAGGCAAGACAUGCUUGGCUCUUUCGUAGCACACGGCCUGACGCAAAAAGAGGCGUCUUCGGAAAUCCUCAUGCAAAUACUCGCUGGAUCGGACACGACGGCCACGGCGAUCCGAGCUACGCUGCUUCACCUCAUCACCAACCCACGAGUGCUCGCGACACUUCGUGCAGAGAUCGAGCGCUUCCGGCCGUCUUGGCCUGUCGUAAAAGAAGCGGAGGCGCGACAGAUGACUUACCUGCAGGCUGUCAUCAAAGAAGGCUUGCGUAUCUUCCCUCCGGUUGUCGGACAGAUGUCGAAGGAAGUCCCCAAAGGCGGCGAUACCUUUAAAGGCGUGUACUUCCCGGAGGGAACGCGCAUCGGUUACGGAGCGUGGGGUAUUUUCCGCCGAGGCGACGUUUGGGGACAGGAUGCCAACGACUUCCGACCGCAUCGAUGGCUCACGGCGGAUGCGGAGACCCUGCGAUCGAUGGAGGCGACGCUCGAGCUUGUGUUUGGCCACGGCAAAUGGAAGUGUUUAGGACGGAAUGUGGCGAUGAUGGAGUUGCAGAAGAUAUUUGUUGAGGCCCAUCCCAGUACACUCGUUACAACGAUUGUCACACUAUGCCUAUGA